UUGUUGGCUGUUGCCACCUGCAUUGAUAAUUUUUGUGAAAAUAUAUAUAGCUUUAUUCAUGAAAUGCUGCCUAUUUGACUGAAAUCAAAUGAACUGUUUCGUGUUAGCCCAAUAAUGAGGAGAAAUAUCGCUAGCUUGGGCUACAAAGAUUACUAAUUUGUGUUCUGAAAGCUCAAUAUUUUUUUAAGAGUGGAUAGGAUUAUAUUUCCAAUCCGCUGACAAUGUUUUGGUGUAUGUCAUAUCAUUAGACAUACUAAAGGAAUGAAUCCGUGUUAUAAUACGGGUAUAUUUACAUAAUUUCAGGUUUUUGUUGAAAACACUUCACGAGACGGAUUGUCAUUAUGUUUUAUAGUAUUCUUGUUACAAAAUUUCGUAAGUGUACUUGGACCGUUCGUGACUUCAAUGAAUGUUUUAUGUGUAUAAAGAAACUAUUCCACAAAUUGUCCAAUGGGCCAUUGUCUCAGCUGUUUCGAAAAUCAAGCUAAUGCUGAUGUCACAGCCUCCCAUAGAAAUAAAGAUGAUAUGACAGAGAUUGUAGCUUCCCACCAGGUGCCUGCUGUUACUAUUACUGACUACCUACAAGAAGUUCCACUUCUUCCUGACAAUGAUAACACUGUGAACAAUUGCCGCUAUGCUAGUAACAUGAAUAAUGAUAACAUAAUAAAUACCUUUGGAGAAACAUGUUCUACAGAAAUGGUAAACUCACAGAAGUCAUAUACUGACAAGGUUCCUAAACCUUUCUACCAAAAGUUACCAUCCAUUCCGAGAACAAUGUCCUCACUGGCAUCAAGUGAACCUCGUGUCUCAGAAUCUAAGAUAAAUCAGUUGUUUGAUCAAUACAAGGACUCACUGGAAGAAGCUAUCCUUGCAGAAGGCAUUGAAAAUUUUUGUAAUGACUUACAAUUGAAUCCAGACGAUUUUAAGGUCCUUGUACUUGCUUGGAAAUUAAAUGCUAGUCAAAUGUGUAGAUUCACAAAAACAGAAUUCAUACAAGGCUUAAAGAAUAUGAAGACAGACUCCAUUAAAGGCAUACAACAUAAAUUAAAUGAGGUAAUAAGUGAGCUGACUAGAGAAUCCGAGCAGUUUAAAGACUUGUAUAGAUUUACAUUUAAAUUUGGAUUGGAUGUUAGCACUGGUCAAAGAAUAUUACCAUCAGAUAUAGCCAUUUUGCUCUGGAGGUUGGUUUUUACAAACAAUGAGCCUCCCAUACUUGAUCGUUGGCUUAGUUAUUUAGAAAAGAACACUCACAUCAGAGGAAUCCCCAAGGACACAUGGUACAUGUUCUUAAACUUUUGUGAAUUUGUGGGUGAUGAUCUCAGCAGCUAUGAUGACACAGAGGCUUGGCCAAGUCUCUUUGAUGACUUUGUAGAACAUGAAAAUGAUCAAGUUAAUCAAAAUGUCACAAAGAAUGACAUUAAAAUACAGGAUUGAAUUCCUACAAUUGCCAAAAUAUAGUAUAAGUACUUAAUAAAAGAUUAUUGAUAUUGAAGAGACUGAUAUAUCCUGUAUUGGUUAAUACAUAAAUUUGUGUGAAUGAAUUAUUAUCAUGCAGGUUGGAUCUGUAGUAAAUAACUGAUGUAUUUUCAGAAUGCCUUUUGUUUUGUAUUAAAAAGAGAUAUUUUUUUUAUUGGUGAGUUAUAAACUUAUGAGGUCAUUAUGGUUUUAUGCAUUAAUUUAAUAUAAAUGUAUUUAGAAAUAUACCAGUUCCUGAAAAUGAUAAGGUAUUUAGUGAUCAGUCAUCUGCAAUGUUUUUAUGUCAAAUAUUGCACAUCUCUUUUAUUUUGGUACCUGGCUACAUAAAAUACAUUAUUUGUAAAUAUAUUGCUAUAUUUUUAAAUAAUAGUUAUGGUUAAUUUUCAAGUACAUUGUGUAAAAGUUUUGUGAAGAUAUGACAUUCCAGGUUGGAAUUUUAUUAUUUGAUGGAAAUAGCCAAAAACUGUAAAUAUUCUAUGGUCCCUAACUCAUUGUAGCUUCAGAUGGUCCACAUUGCCUGCAGAGCUAGUCUUUAUUGCAUUUUAUCCAUUUCUAACACCAUUGAAUGUUACAAGACAAAUCACUGCACAAACAAGUUUCCUGGCAUGAAGUAGCAAAAAGAUCCCUAAGUAAUUAUUGUCUUGCUAAGUUCCAUCUUUAAUAUUUUAGUUAGUGUAUCAAGUAAAAAUAUUUAAAUACGAA